AUGCCAACUACAAAUCUGAUAGUCACAUUUCAGAAGUUUUUUUACCCCAUACUAUCUGGUAUAGGGAUUCCAGUCAACCUCUUCACCUUCUAUAUGAUCAGAUUUCGCAAAUGUGAGAUGUCAGAAACAGCUAUAAUCUACCUUAGCGCCUUGGCCAUUGUAGAUUGCUUUUACCUGCUGUGGGUGGCACUUCUGGACCUGUCCCUAUCCUUUCUCCUAGAUCACCCUUUCUGGCACGCUUACCCUUGGUGUGGGAUCCUCACCUUCCUUGAGUAUGGCUCCUUGUUCAGCUCCACCUGGAUCGUGGUGGUUUUCACCAUAGAACGCUACCUCGCCCUGAGGAUGACAAAGGUCAAAAUGCACUUCUCUCAAUCCAAAGCCACUGUGAGGAUCAUUCUGUCUGUGGUUCUGCUCUGUCACCUGGUGGCAAUUCCAGACUACUGGAUCAACGGUGUCACAAUGUUUAACUACACAACUGAUGGGGAGAACAUCACCUUACCAAGGUGCUUCUAUGAAAACACCAUGUUCUCCACCUUGGUGGUCUGGAUCAACACCUUCAUCUCCGGGGGCAUCCCUUUCACCCUCAUCAUUGUUUUCAACUCUCUCAUUGGACACCAUCUCACCCAGGCCAGCAAGAUGUUUACCAAGGAACAGCAGAGGAUCAUCAAAGGGGUCACCACCAAAGGCAUGGUCAGAAGGACCAUCCUACUUCUCUUCACAGUCUCUUUUACCUUUGUUGCCUUGUGCCUACCUCGCUUCGUGACCUACUGCAUCCUGAGGACUGCAUACAACUACCCAGAUUUCAACAGAGAUGACUACAAUCUGUCUAUCAAUGUCUUCAGUGACAUUGCGAUCAUGCUGCAAAAUCUGAAUUCCACCACCAAUUUCCUCUUGUACUGCAUGGUGAGCAAGGGGUUCAGGCAGGAACUGCGGAACCUGCUGAAACCCAACACAAGAGCGAAAGAGCUGGGCUCCCAUUUCACCCAGACAACCAUGAAAAUCUUUUCGGUAACGGGUAGCAAAAUGCAUCGCUCCAGGGAUCCCGUCGAUGUUGUCCUUACAAAACUAGCACGCAUAGACUAA